GCACUCUAUAAAUUGCGCGACCGGGGCGGGCGGCGGCUGCAGUUGUCACCGGCAGCAGCGAGGACAGGGCGAGAGGGGGAGGGAGCUCCGUUCCCACGACCGUCGCUCCCCACCGCCGCCUUAACGGAGCCCUUUCCCCUUCCCCCGUGUUCUCCGUCCUUGCCGCCAUGACCACCACAACCAUCUUCUCGGGCAUGGACCCCAGCGGCAGGAACAGCUCCAGAGUGCUGCGUCCUCCUGGUGGUGGUUCCAACUUUUCCUUGGGUUUUGAUGAACCAAAAGAACAACCCACACGAAAGAACAAAAUGGCAUCCAGCAUCUUUGGAACUCCUGAAGAAAAUCCACCUUCCUGGGCUAAAUCAUCGGGGACAAAGCCAGGUGAAAUCAGGGAAGACACUGAAUCGUCUGGACCACAGAGAAAUUCAGCUGAUGUUGCCUGUGGAGAUGUGGUAGAUCCAAAGGGAGGAGAUGGCGGUGGUGAAACAUUCGAAAACACUGUUGCUGAUGUAGAGGCUGCCCCAGGUCAGAAUGAAGAGAAAUCCCUGCCUGCUGCACCUGUUCCCAGCCCAGUAGCACCAGCACCUGCACCAUCCAGGAGAAAUCCACCCGGUGGCAAGUCCAGCCUAGUCCUUGGUUAAACCUUUCCUUUCCUUUCCUGACUGUUUUGAACUUGUGUCUGUUUCUUGCCCUUCUCCCCCCCCAUGCUCGUGAGCCUGACUGUACAUCUCGAAUUUCUUUCAAUUAAAAAGAAGCACUUUAUGUACUCCAUCUUUUUUUUUUUUUUUUUUUCCCCUGUCUUUUGAGAUCAAGGUUUUUUCCCACUUUUGUCCUGUGUUUUUCCCCUAGAUCUGCUGGAAGUUACAUGAGUGUUUUCUAGUGAUAGACUUGAGGGAAAGCUUUAUGAAGUAUAGUAAUGUAAUUGAAAGGAGAGUAGAUUGGUCCUAAGUGUGCUUAGAGGGUUUCUGUCCUGAGGUUUGUAGAACCCCUUCGCUGUACGAGGGUCGAGAGACGUGGUUAAAGAGGCCAGCAAACGAUCAGCAAGAGCCAUCCCUUCUUCCACAUGUGAACUGUGGGGAUCCAAAGGAACUCCUUGUCUGUGUGGGGUGAAUGCCUUGAGCCCUGCUGUGCCAUUUGAAGUGGUUAGUGUACACCAUGCUGCCUUUACAAUACAUUGAUACUGGACCAUUUUAAGCAGGGUAUGUGCCAAAUAGUGGCUGAUGAGCAGCGUCACCUGGCCUGAGGCUGGGAGGGCAUUGACUGGGCUUUGUUCGGUGAAGGUGGAGUGGAUCGUAGAAAUAAAGAACAAAUUCCGGGGCGGUUUUUUCUUUUUUUUAGAACUGAUUCAAUGCUGUGCAUGAUCAUGCUGGUGCUUGACCAUGGGGUGAAAGCCUCAUCCUUAAAAGUGUGUGUUGUAAUUUCACGAAGCUGGACUGUUGCUUACAGUAAAUAAUAUAGACAUUUUGAAGCAA